ACGGAGUCAAGGCCGGCCGCGCCGACGCCCGGCCCCGCCUCGUGUCGAAGAAACGCGAGGCGGACCAGGCGCGGCGUCGGCCGGCGCAUUGUGUCGGUGCGGGAUCGAGCGGACGGGCGGAAUCGGAGGCUGCGCGCCUACGAGUGAACGUGCGGCCAGCCUGCUGUGGACGCUCUCUUGGAGAGCUGACGGAGCACCAGUGCGGGAUGCCCGGGGGGAUUUAGAGUAGAUGGACGCGCUUCUCGGCCGUUCGCGUUUUGAAUGGCGUGGAGCGUUUAUUUUAACGUGCUGAGUUUGUAUGGGCCAAGCCGAAACUUGUUCUUACCUGCUACGUUUUCGUUCAACCCUUUUAGUAUCGGGAAAUGUCGUCUCCACUGAAUUCUUAUUUAGCCGGUGUUAAUUAGCUGAGUGCGAGAGAAUGUUGUUGCAACUGCGGAACCAAGCACGUGGCGUUCCGCCGUGCUCCGCGACUUCCCGCUAUUUUGCUCGCUUCGAGCGGCGGGCUGCUGCGGCCACGCGCGGUUGCAGCUGGUGUUACGACCGGGUUUUGCACCACGGGCAGUAGCGCAGGGUAGUGCAGCAGUCUUGUCCGCGGUUUGGCUGGAUCCUGGCGCGUUGACGUCCACCUGGCUGUAGCGCCGUCUGGAUGCAGGAUGAUCUUACGAAGUCCGCGUGCAAGUUUUGUCAUUUAUGUGUGCCACGAGCUGGCUGUCCGUUUCGUUGGUGCAUGUCUGUAGCGUUCGAGUUUGCGCGCACUUGAGUGUAUGUUUGUCGUCCGUAUUGCGUAAGCACUGCUGAGUUGGGUGCGUCGAGUCAUAUUUAGCUGCCGGUGGAUCCGUGAACAGUGGUUCCGUUUUUUGUUCUUGAGAUGAGAUAUCGCGGUAUGUGACAUGUAUGUUGGUGCUUGUACCCAAUUAUGCUGCGGUUUAUUUCAGUGAGAGAGCGAACUUUAGUAAAUAGCAGCAAGUCAUUUACCUAGAUCAUAUGCAAUGGGUCUUUCAUCGCAUUGCUAAAUGCUGUGAAACCUGUGUAUCAAGUGGACCCCGUUCCAAAGGCCUGGUGACGCAUGUAAUAGUUGCAUUAUGUCUUGACACGCAAACGUCAUCUAAGAUGACUCAAGUUAUCAUGGCCAUCUGAGAAAGGAAAUUUUAGAACCGCAUCCUUAGUUUUACUGUGUAUGAUGUAUUCACAGAAGAUGUUAACUAAAUAAAGGAGUUCCCAUUUCGUAGUCCGUUCCCACUCUGCUAUGAAACUCCCUUUCUGGGCUUGACGGAGAAAAAUAUCCGAGACUGGGUGGUUUGUCAUGGAAUUUACGAGAUUUCGCGGCGUAAUUGCUGUAGAUGUCGGCGCGUAGACAACUUUCACAAGCUUUCAGAGCUAUCGUGUUCUUGCCCUUCAGCUGCGAGUGCUCGUAUCGUGCUGCGCCUGUUAGGUGUAAAUAUCGUUUGCAGCGUUCGUGCGGUUUGCAAGGUGGGAGACCGAGGCAGCGUUUAGUGUGAGACGCAUUGACACUUCAUUGCUAAAAAAAAUCGAUUGAUGAAAGGGAUUCCGGGGUUUCCAUACACGUCUUUUCGCACACAAAAAAGUAGAAGCUGUUGGCAACGGAUGCGAAGACGAGCAAAAUUGGUGCCUCAUGCGAGGUAUUCGACAAACGACUUGAAUUCAGCACGAAGGGUGCAUUGGUACGCACAGACGUGAGCUUCCCGCUCACCACUUCUUUUUCAUCGCCGGAAGGAGAUGCACUGACCCGUCGCUUGUCGCAGCCCGCUGUCGACUGAGGUGCAACAACAGAGGUCCAGCACAAGUGGGAGAAGGCCAUGGCGGUGCCUAAGAUGCCCUCGCGGGAUGUGCGGCCGCUGGUCUGCCGCUACAAGCCGUGCACGCAGAAUGGCAACUGGUUCGAAGACCGCUUCCGGAAGGACGACUGCGUGCGGGAUUUCCUGCGCCGGAGAGAAAGGGGGGAGUUGAUGGUCCAGAAGGCGGACGCCAUAAUCGGCCAGCUGCUGGCACCGGUCCGCCUCCUGCCGGCCGUCGAUGGACACGUCUGGUUUGGUGACCGGCUGCAGCUGCGCUGUCCAGGCUUGGUGUGGGCCGGCGGCGGCCGCUGCAACCAGGUCCCGGAGGUCGUGCUGUCCGCGAAUGUUUUCGACAUAGCGAAAUCGUGUCCCGAACGACUGACAUCGCCAACUGCUGUCAGCGCCUCCCUGCGGCUGGAACCUUGCGCCAGAAAUGUAUUCACGAUCCAAACAGCGCGGCGCGGCGGUCCCGGCUCCGCGCUCUACUCAGCCACCACUGAGUGA